AACACCAAUAGUCAGGUGAAAUUCAUGGAAAGUGAACGUUCGGACCGGUUCCGCUCUGCUUUCGUUUUCGAAAAUGUUUUACUAUCACUAAGACUUGAAUAUCACUCUUAAAUAGCGAUAAACAAAAUUCGACCACAUAAAUAAUAUAAUGUUCAGAAAAGGAGCGAUCUACCUCGCUUUCCUCGGCUUGAUUUCCUCGCAUUAAACGCCUUAAAUAGCGAUAAACAAUACAACUAGGAAAAAAUCUACGUGAAGGAAUAAACCGAUACCACGAAAAUAUCGAUACUUUUUCCUUAUUACUUGCCUCCAAAAAAAAAAGAAAAAAGAAGUGUCAAUGCCUCCUCGCAUAGAAUCAAAUACACAGAAUAUGAUAGCACAACAGAUUCUGUUAUCAAUUGAAACGCAUUUUUUUUUGACAAUCUGAUCAGUAGUUAGGUAGAUACAAAAAAAAGUGAAUAAAAACACACCUCAUUGUCUAGACUAUCGCGUUUACGGCGUUGCAAAUGAAUACCCAUUAUCAUGGAGCCAACAAUGAAGCAUCCCAUUACCUCUAGUUGUAUGCGGUUUAUCCCUAUCUAUUUUAAUCUUUUCCCACAAUUCUCCGCAAUUCUCCCAUGGACUGGAAAUACCCUGAAGAAGUCAACAAGUUCUGGGUCUGUCUUGUUUUGACAAAAGGAAGAAACCGCCGGAGCAGGAAGAUCAUGCUCCAUGGGAACAGGAAUUACCCAUUCAAUUGUGCAUACACCUGUGCGUUGUCGCAUCCCAAGUUGUCACGUGACCAUGGUGACCCGAAUAUUUGUCCACCUCCUAGCUCUCCCAAGUAUAAAAGUUCGAGAUGCUUUGUCGUCGGGCUCAGAGUAACCCAGAGACUGGAGGAACAUAACGCAAAGAGGACGCACCUAAAACACCAUGAUUUCUCUGAGAAGACUCGUCGCGUUAUUUGCUCUGGUGCUGACAGUAUUGACAGCGAUGUCAAGUGCGCUGCCAACGCCGUCUCCGGUAGCCGAUGGUGCCAUCACGAUAUAUCCUAUCCCUCAGAGACCACCAUACGCACCGAAUGGAUUUCAUUAUCCAAAACCGACCACCACACAAGCACCAUCUACUAGACAAACACCGGCCACCAUAUGAUCAACCAACAACGAGACGGUUCCUCCUUUUCGACCCAUAAUUGUUAUCAGUUGAGAGCACUAGACUGUAGCACUUAUUUUUUUUUUUUUUUUAAUGCAAGCAAACGGAAGAAUCAUUUUACCGAGCAAUUCAUUUCUAGAGAUUAUGCGUUGAGCGGUGCAAAAGUCAUUUUCAAUUUUUUGUAUAAAAAAUCUGAUUUCAUGGGUGUCAGAACCUUCCUUAUAACCUUCAUAUUUACGUAGUAAAGUUUGAAACGAUUUGGUACAUCCAGUUCAUAUAAUACAUACAAGAUGUACCGACAUACAAUUGUCUCUCGCCAAGUCACGUACUGUCAGUACCCACGAAACCGAGUAAGCAUAAAAAUGUAUAACGCACUCGUGUCGGUACUUCGUCCGCAUAUAAAAGAGUCACGAACCCUUUUGAUGUGUGCUUUCACAAUUGCACGUACGAGCAUAAUUAUUUGGUGUAUUGUAAGAGCGAGUGUCACGCUAUGUAAUCGCACGGACGUCAGUCCAUAUAAUCGUGAUAUAUAAUUCGAUUCACGAUCACUACAGAUGUGUUCGAUCGUCAACACGUCGUGACAAAUAUGCAAAUGAGACUUUUCGCCGACCAACGGUCUGAAUUAUUCGUUAGGUGCAUACAAAUGCGAGACUCUUCCCCGCCACGAUCAUUUUCAAUUUGUACAAAGAUCUAACGCUGGCAUAUACAAAUUGCUUAACACUCGAGCAACAAACUUAACUCGGUUGAAUAAAGGAAUAUUUUACAUAAGAGGUGGUCCAAUGUUAAUGACUUCGGAAGAGAAUGUACUCGAGGAGCGCGCACGUGUGUGCAUAUAUUAUCAUGUCAAGUGUGUUCUGACGCGCGAUUUUUUUAAACAAGAGAUUGUGUAUUUAAUCUUCCCGUAACCAAAUCUGACUGAAAUGCCAACGCAGAGCAUUAACCUCCUUAAAUAAACCGGACGGUGCGAUUGUGGGAAUUCUAAACGCCCAAUAAUUUUACAGCUCGCCAUAAUAUUCUAUGGGAACCUCGAUUAUAAUUAUAAUCCCAUCAUACAUGUACUUGUACUUUACGAAUACGAAAAUACAUGAAACUCUCAUUCUAAUAAUUCAAUUAAUUUUUAACUCCCAAACCCUGAUAAAAAAAACUUCAGAUGAACAAUUGCAACGUAGUAACCAGUUUAUCGAGUCCCAGUUCUACCGUUCUAUGUACGCUGGAUUUUCAUAGAGGUUUAAUCGGUAUAAUUAUUCGGCCGUUUCGCCAGAGCUGGGAAUUACGUCGACGAUUGUCUUUUGGCCGCACGAGUGCCCCUCGGCUCUGCUCACGCGAACUGCUCGCCUGUCUCGUUACCUGACCACGUGAGUAGUCUCAACAUUGUGGACUCUCGUUUAGGCAGUCCGACAAUAUUUACACAGGUACUCGGAUUAGUCAGCACCCUCCCACGCAUGGUCGUUAACGAAGGCGAGUCCCCACUUGGCCUAAUCUACGAUCUCGAUCUCUUACGAGACUAUACGAGAAUUUGCGACAUUUCGCAUCAUGGCAAUCCACUGACGCACCUGUCGUAUCCUUGCCAAGUCCUUGAACGAGUCCUCCGUUGACGUCGAGUCUCCUCCUCCUCGACUUCGAUUCAUUUCCUUCCUUUUUCCUGUGCCCCCAGCACCACCAAAAAAUUUCCC